AUGUUCUUCGCCCAUUUGAAGAACCUUACGUACCCGCACAACCUGAUCGAUCUUGCGUUCUUGGUUGGAGAUUCCAAGGACAACACGCUUGAUUUGCUUAAUUCGAAGCUGGAGGAGCUUCAGGCAGAUCCGGAGCCGAAGAACCAAUUCGGAGAAAUCUCGAUUCUGCAGAAGGACUUUGGGCAGAAGGUCAACCAGGAUGUCGAGUCUCGACACGGUUUCGCUGCUCAGGCUGGACGACGUAAGUCGAUGGCUCAGGCCCGUAACUGGCUAUUGAGCGCGGCGCUUCGGCCAACUCACAGCUGGGUUUACUGGAGAGAUGUCGACGUCGAAACGGCUCCCUUCACGAUCUUGGAGGAUCUCAUGCGCCACAAUAAAGAUGUUAUCGUACCGAAUGUCUGGCGUCCGCUCCCCGACUGGCUUGGUGGCGAGCAACCUUACGAUCUCAACUCGUGGCAAGAAUCGGAGACGGCAUUAGCGUUGGCAGACACUCUUGACGAGGAUGCUGUGAUUGUCGAAGGUUACGCAGAAUACGCCACCUGGCGACCGCAUUUAGCCUACCUCCGUGACCCCUACGGCGAUCCUGACAUGGAAAUGGAGAUUGAUGGUGUUGGUGGUGUCAGUAUCCUCGCCAAAGCGAAGGUCUUCCGACAGGGUGUCCACUUCCCCGCGUUCAGUUUCGAAAAGCAUGCUGAGACCGAGGGUUUCGGCAAGAUGGCCAAGCGCAUGAAAUUCUCCGUUGUCGGUCUUCCUCACUACACUAUCUGGCAUUUGUACGAGCCUUCCGUCGACGAUAUCCGCCAUAUGGAGGAAAUGGAGAAGGAGCGCAAGGCGAAGGAAGCUGAAGAGGUCGCUAAGAAGCAGAAGGAAGAUAAGAUUAAGGAACAGUUCGACAACAAAGGCAGUGACUGGGAGAAGGACAAGGCCGUCGUACAGAACCUGGUACAGAAAGCGAAGAACGAAGAAAAGGAAGAGGCCAAGAAGAGGGAAGAUGAGAAGAAAGCGAAGGAAGCUGCAAAGGAAGCUGCAAAGGAAGCUGCAAAGGAAGCUGCGAAGGAAGAUGCGAAGGAAGAAGCGAAGGACGAUGCAAAGGCGGACAAGGCGGACUCCGCUAAGGAUGAGAAGCCGAAGGAGGCUGUAAAGAAGGAGGGCGCCGAUGCGAAGAAGGACGCUGUGAAGAGGGAGGAGAUACACGAGGCUUGGGGUGUCGACGAGAAGGAGAAGGCGGCACCCAAGCAGUAA